AUGCUCACCCUCCUGAUCCAAGCUUGCGAUGGGAUCAAGACGAAAUCCUUCGCUCGAAAGAGCGCGCGCAAGCCAAGGGGACGACGUCCCUGUCGAAAGCCCCGGAUUCUCGUUGGGUACUUUGAUGGAAAUUGCCCAAACGGGAGCCAAGGACAUGGGGGAAAGACCCUUUUGGUUGGCGUCUACUCCGUAGAGAGAAUCUUUUGCCGUCAUGACAAUAGCGCACGGAAUGGAGCCAAAACUAGGCGGAAGCGGACCUCUGGAAGGGUGGCGUUUACGGAUGGUUCUGCAGCCUCUCGCCGUUUCUUCUGUCUGGCACGACAUCGCUAUCCGUCAUCUGUCGAGCCGCGCCACAUAUGCAACCUCUACUGCGUCUGCACUCUCCAGGUUUCUGACGCAGGUGCUCGGUGCUGGUGGGUUGUGCUGGAGCUGUCGGUACAUGGCAGUACAAACCCCCGUUCAGACGAAAGACGCAUAGCAGGGGUCUGUGCGGUAGAAGAAGAGUUGACCCGACGAAGAGGCGUGCAAGGGACAUGGGAGGAGGAGAGGAUUGGAUGA